CUUCCCUCUUUCAUCAACUACCUUUACUUAGACUCCCCAGCUGCGGGUUGAUUUCUAUACCCAAUUUCCUCUUCACUAUUUCUAGUUGGUCAAGUGAAUACGGGGUUUUGGUUAUCUUUCACCCGUAUAACACCUCUGCCAACCCCCCCUGAUAACAUCUUGAAACCCCGCCGGAGUGUUCUUUGUGCGGUUUGUUCGCUCUUAUAGCCCCUCCGUCUGGCUCGUCGCUGCACCUUCAGCUCGACGAUUGGACCACGCUUCGUCCAGGAUCAUUGUGUGGACCAUAUAGGCAUGAUAGACCCUGUGUGAUCAAUUGUCUAUUCUUCUUCAUCUUAUUGGACCAACCUACUACCACCGCUCGUGGACAUCAUCGACCCCCCCAACAGAGCCAUCCCGUCGCAUUUACAAUGUCCGUCCCUAGGCCUGGGAUGCGUGCUCCCAUUCCCCCACGCGGCGGCCCAAGGCCACCUAUGGGAAGACUAGCCAGUCUGAAAUCGCCCAAUCCAACUCCAAUCAGGCGUCCCCAGCCAAUUUCUCGGCCUCAGCCUGCCAGGCCAACUACCCACCCCAAAACCUCAACUUGCCCUAACCCGGGCUGUCCUGCCCCUCACAUCGUAGAGGAUGACGGCCAGAAGGUUUGUUCCGGGUGUGGUACUGUCAUCAGUGAAGCAAACAUCGUCUCCGAGGUUACUUUCGGGGAAUCGUCGUCAGGUGCAGCAGUCGUUCAGGGUACCUUUGUCGGCGAAGAUCAAUCCCAUGUCCGCAGUUAUGGCCCUGGCUUUCAGCGUGGAGGCGCCGAAAGCCGCGAGAUUACGGAACAAAACGGUAACCGCUACAUCACUCAGCUAUCUCGUGCCUUGACUAUCCCAGAGAGUGCCAUGAAGGCUGCUGGUCAGGUGUUCAAGCUGGCAGUCGGGUUGAACUUCAUUCAAGGUCGAAGGACCAAGACUGUAGCUGCUGUGUGUUUAUAUAUUGCUUGUCGUCGCCAGGAUGGCAACACUAUCAUGCUCAUCGAUUUUGCCGACGUUCUAAUGAUCAACGUCUUCAAGCUAGGCCGGACCUACAAAGCACUACUUGACGAGUUGCGUCUAGGUGGUAAUGUCUUUCUGAUGAAUCCGAUUGACCCGGAGAGUUUGAUCUACAGAUUUGCCAAACAGCUUGAAUUUGGGUCGGCUACCAUGCAAGUGGCGAGCGAGGCGGUCCGUAUCGUACAGCGGAUGAACCGCGAUUGGAUGACGACAGGUCGUCGUCCCGCUGGUAUUUGUGGUGCCGCCUUGAUUCUUGCAGCCCGCAUGAACAACUUUCGUCGCACUGUUCGAGAGGUUGUCUACGUCGUCAAGGUCACCGAGAUCACUAUUAGCCAGCGUUUGAACGAGUUCAGCUCCACCGAAAGUGGUGAACUUACAGUCGACCAGUUUCGUUCCGUGCAGCUGGAAAACGCGCAUGACCCACCUUCUUUUGCCAGGGCUAGAGAAGGACGAAAGCCAUCACGCUCUUUCAAGAGACGGCCCACGGAAACGGCUGCCGAGAUGGAGAGUGAUAUACAGGAAGCACAACAACAUAGGCGUGUCGACUCAGACGGGUUCGCUAUUCCUAGUCUUCCUAUUGAUCCGGCAUUAUUAGCAGCCAGCAGCGGUCAACGUCGCCAAUCGACUGCCUCUGCUGCAAGCGAAACCAUUUCGGAUGCUGGCGAGGAGCACACCAAGUCUGCUCGCCAGAAAGGUCCGAAGAGACCCCCGCUUCCAGCACCUUCACCAGAUCAAAUUGCAUCGGAGGAGGCCUUGGAGAAUGAAAUGACCGCGCUGUUGUCCAAAGGAUCGAACAUGUUUGACACCAGUGCCGGUCCUCCGAGGAAGGUCGUCUCUGACAAUACAGAGAUCGACGCUGCGGAGUUUGAAUCGGAUCCGGAGGUGUCUAACUGUUUGCUUUCUCCUGCGGAAGUUGAGAUUAAAGAACGGAUCUGGGUCCAUGAGAACAAAGAUUAUCUUAGGACCCAGCAAGCUAAAGCGCUCAAGCGAGCUCUGGCCGAGGCCGAUUCCCACCCUGGCGCGGACGGUCGCGUGCACAAGCCGCGGAAACGCCGCCGCGGUAGACUGGGCGACGUUACUUAUCUUGAAGGCGAAGGUGAAGACGCCGAUGGCCGCAGCACUCGGGCUUCCACCCCUGCCGAAGCUACCCGUCGGAUGUUGGAGAGAAGAGGGUUCAGUAAAAAGAUCAACUAUCGUCUUUUGGAGUCACUAUUUGGCGAUGAAGGGGCCGACGAGGCCUCCAAACCUAAGGAAGAAAGUUUGAGCCGAAGCCAGAGUCGCAGCCAAAGUGUUGUGUCACGCCGCAGCGCCAGUAUCGAGCCAGAGGCGGCCUCGAGGCGUACCCGGCUUGCAACCCCCUCAAGUGGCCAACCUGCUGGUGCUUCUUCCUCUACCGCGGGUCCGGCGCGUGGCCCAGUGGCCCCUGCUGCUCAGGCCCUGACGGAUCAAGGUGGGAAAGCGAGUCAGAAUGAGCAAGUCCUCGGUCCCGCAGAUGGAGCAAAGAACGAGUACUCGGAUGACGAGCAAGAGGAUGACUACGACGACGAGGAUGACAUGGAGGAUGACGGAGUUGACGCGGCGCUUGCUGGAACCUAUGGUGACUAUUAUGACGAGGGGAGCGAUUAUGGCAGUGAUUAAAGUUGCGAUGAUAGCAGGGUUGUAUUUCACCGCAAGGCAUGUACAUAGAGUCCGGCGCCAAGUCGACGGGAAUUUGAUACCCAGUCAUUCCAGGCUUAAAUCUUGAAAAGCGAG